CUUGAGUCUUGAUUUCUCCACUUCAGCCCGAAAGCGUGGGAAAAUAGAUAGAGAGAGAGAAUGGCGAAGCUUUUAUCCACACCUCGUCUCACCUCCAUUCACCUCCGCACAGUCACUUCCACUCUCUCUAAACCUUCUUCUUCUCCAAUUCACACUUCUCCCGCUCGUUCUCUCAUCUCUCUUCACUACACUACUCGUCUCCUCAACCUUCCCUCUGCUGAUAAUCGUUGCCGCAUUCACCGGAAUUUCUCCGUUUCAGCCUUCGAUACAAAAAACGACGACGUAUCGUCGUCUUCCAAAGAUGGAACCAAGGAAGAGCUUGGUUCUGAAAUCAACGGCGAUGAUGAUAGUGCGAAAAGUAAUUCUACCAAGGAGGAUCAAUAUCCGAGCGGAGAAUUUGAAUUGGAGGAGUACGGUGCUUGGAAGAGCUUAUUAGUGAAGUUCAGAAUGCUCUUUGCAUUUCCUUGGGAGCGCGUCCGCAAAGGCAGUGUUCUCACUAUGAAAUUGCGCGGCCAGAUAUCUGAUCAGUUACAGAGCCGUUUCUCUUCAGGAUUAUCUCUACCUCAAAUUUGUGAGAACUUCAUAAAGGCCGCGUAUGAUCCUCGAAUCUCUGGUGUUUAUCUCCACAUUGAACCUUUGAGUUGUGGCUGGGGCAAAGUUGAAGAAAUUCGGAGGCAUAUACUGGACUUCAGGAAAUCAGGUAAAUUCAUAGUUGGCUAUGCACCUGCUUGUGGUGAAAAGGAGUAUUACAUCGGCUGUGCUUGUCAAGAGCUUUAUGCCCCUCCAAGUGCUUACUUUGCCUUGUAUGGUCUAUCAGUUCAAGCAUCAUUUUUGGGAGGUGUCUUUGAGAAAGUUGGAAUUGAGCCACAAGUGGAAAGAAUUGGUAGAUAUAAGAGUGCUGGAGAUCAACUAAUGCGUAAAAGUAUAUCUGAUGAAAAUCGAGAGAUGCUAACUGCAUUACUUGAUAAUAUCUAUGGAAAUUGGCUCGAAAAAGUUGCUCUCACUAAAGGGAAGAAAAAAGAAGACAUUGAACAUUUCGUCAAUGACGGAGUUUACCAAGUUGAAAGGCUAAAGGAAGAGAGCUGGAUAACAGAUAUAAAGUACGAUGAUGAGGUAAUGUCAAUGUUGAAAGAGCGUUUGGAAAUUCCGAAGGACAAAAAUCUCCCUGCAGUUGAUUACAGGAAGUAUUCAAGAGUUAGGAGAUGGACUCUCGGUCUGACAGGUUAUAAAGAACAGAUAGCUGUGAUUCGAGCCUCUGGGAGCAUUAGUCGCACACGCGGUCGAUUUAGUUCAUCCAGUUCAGGAAUUGUAGCAGAGCAGUUAAUUGAGAAAAUUCGUAGUGUACGAGAGUCGAAAAGGUAUAAAGCUGUCGUCCUUCGAAUUGAUAGUCCUGGAGGUGACGCUCUUGCUUCUGAUCUAAUGUGGAGAGAAAUCAGACUGCUGGCAGAAACUAAGCCUGUUAUAGCAUCCAUGGCUGAUGUGGCAGCCAGUGGAGGAUAUUAUAUGGCAAUGGCUACACAAGCUAUUGUGGCGGAGAACCUUACACUGACAGGUUCAAUAGGUGUGGUGACAGGAAAAUUCAACUUGGGAAACUUAUAUGAAAAAAUUGGCUUCAAUAAGGAGAUAAUAUCAAGGGGAAGAUAUGCAGAGCUUACUGCGGCUGAACAACGACCAUUCAGGCCUGAGGAAGCAGAGCUGUUUGCCAAAUCUGCACAGCAUGCAUAUACCCAAUUCCGGGACAAGGCUGCCCUUUCAAGAUCAAUGACGGUGGAGAAAAUGGAGGAGGUUGCACAAGGGAGAGUCUGGACUGGAAAUGAUGCUCUUUCACGAGGUCUAGUUGAUGCUAUCGGUGGUCUCUCUCGUGCUGUCGCAAUUGCAAAACAGAAGGCCAAUAUACCUCAGGAAAAACAGGAUCUGAAUCUCUUGAUCUUCUAAUAGAGAGCUGGUGAAUUUUCCUGCCAAAACCGGGUUCUAGAUCAUCUCAGUUGCUUCUUUCAUCAAUAAUUGCCACAACUUUGAGAUAAAAAGAAGUCAAAUUGUAGCAAAAGGGAAUAGCUUGACAAAGGCUCACUACAUCGUAGACGCGGUCUGCUCUGACUUUCUUGCAAGAUACUUUAAUGUGUGCUGCUGUCAAGCAGCAGAUUUAGCUUUGUUUUUGUGCACUCUGAGCCACCUUUCAUUGUUGCCAAAUUAUAAUGGGUUUAAUGAUAGCAUUUUUUGGAAAUCUAAACAAUAGUUAUUGUUUUCAUUAGUCAGAUGUGAACCAUGUAUGGUACUCAUCCCUUUGUGUUUUAUUCAGAAAAAAGAAAUACAUGAUGAUGUAGGAACUGAGUUUUUGGAAGAUUCCUGGAUAUGGAAUUUGAAAUACUUGUAAGGAUCAUGAUGUGACCACUGCACAUUCUUUCUGCUUCUUUUGUUUAUAAAAUGCUCACUUAUAAAAUAAAAUAAAAAGAAAUACAUGAUGAUGUUUGAUGGCCAACUAACUUAAUGUUACUAAUACCUAACAAAGCUUGGAAGCUGCUUUCUACUAUUAGUAACUGAAAAUGUAGUAAGAGGUGAGAAACUUUGACUGGAAAAGCAAAAAUGUUUUUUGAAGAGUAGAAACUAUCUCGUGAGUUAAUUUCCUCCUUUUUUAUUUGUACUGUCGUCUCUUUCUCUAUCA